GUGCUUACUUUCCUGACCGCUCAGUGUCGCUGUUCUGGAAAGCGUUUUGUUUAAUGCCUGUUACGUCACUUCCUUCUUUCUCUUCGACCUCCGGUAUAGCGAGGAGGACAGGACUGUGGACAAAAUGUCCUCCCAUAAGACUUUCAGGAUCAAGCGCUUCCUUGCCAAGAAGCAGAAACAGAACCGGCCGAUUCCACAGUGGAUCAGAAUGAAGACCGGCAACAAGAUCAGGUACAACUCCAAGAGGAGACACUGGAGGAGGACCAAGCUCGGCUUGUAAACAUGAGUGGAUCUCAGCAUGCCUCCUUUCCAACGUCUGCCGGAGCCUGACCACACAGAGGAGCCGCGUCACCUGGAGCAGCAGUUAUUUUGUACAGAUUCUCAUGUUUGACAAUAAAAGAUCUUUGGUCAACAGUGAAA